AUGACGGCGGAACAGUACGCCUUCAUUGUCAACAACAAGACCGCUUUCUACAGCUUUUACUUGCCAGUUGCCCUUGGACUGCAUUACAUUCGAGGUGCCAGCGAAGAGAAUCUAGAACGAGCACGGAACAUUCUCCUGCAUGUUGGGGAGUACUUUCAGAUACAAGAUGACUACCUCGAUGUCUUCGGAAAUCCGAAGACAACAGGCAAGAUCGGCACUGAUAUUCAAGAUAAUAAGUGCACUUGGCUUCUCAUCCGAGCGUUUCAUUCAGGUAAUGCCGAUAAACGGCAGAUGUUGCUGGACUCUUAUGGCAAACGCGAUCCGGCUCAUGAAGGCAGAGUUCUACGGCUGUUUGACCAGCUACAAAUCGAGAAGAUGUAUAGAGAAUUUGAAGAGAAGAAGUUGGAGGAGCUAUACAAACAGAUUAAUGACAUGGAUCAGAGAAGCGGACUGGGAAGCAGCAUUUUUUUUAUUCAUUCUUGA